CUUACUAUACAGCAUGAGACAAGUUUCUGUACGACAGCAACAACAAUAGAUACCGGUGAUUAAUAUGACAUUUUAUCAAUACUUUUGUACUAUUGAAGGUGUUUGAAAAUAUUAUCAAGUCUUUUUAAAAAGUAGAAUACGAACUAAUGAAAAAGAGAUGCUUGAUAUUAAAAAUGAAAGUUAUUUGGAAAAGAUAUGCGAUAAUAACUGAUAGCAGGAAUUAAACAUUCGAUAAUGUAUCGUUGUGUAAAUUGUGGAGCUAAAAUAGAAGAACUUUAUAGGAGUUACUGCGAGAACGUUUUAAAACUGUUAGAAUGCGACAACUGUGGCUACUUGGCUGACAAGUACAUCGAGUAUGAUCCUGUGAUAAUUCUGGUUGACCUAAUAUUACUCGACAAACGUGCAUACAGGCAUUUCCUCUACAAUUGCAAUUUGAAACAUUAUUGGAAACUAAUAAUAAUCAUUUGGCUCGUCGAGUCUUUCCGAAAUCUUUCUCUGUGCGAUUACAGGUCGACAAAUAUUGAAACUUCGAAGACGAUGCAGCCUACAUUCGACGGACAUUGCAAUUUUUAUUUAGUCCUACUUCGAACCGCGUUUUCUUUUGUUGCUUUCGUCAUCGUUGUAGUACUUCUUACAAAACUGAAAUGGUAUUUUCGCCCGAAGUGCCCCGAUAAGGAAAGCACGACGCAUUUGUGGAAAGCUUUGGUGAUAGGUGGAUCAUGUAAAUUGUUAGGAUUGUUAGAAAUAACGUGGGGACACAUAUUCUCGGCGCCCCAUUAUUUUCUCAUUAUGGGAUAUACUCUUCUGAGCUUACUCACCGCUUAUUCAGUGGUAUCCGACAGUGGGAAAAUGGAAUCUGCAAUAAUUCUUGGGAUGGGAACGUUGGUGUAUAACUGUGCAUCUAAUUUUUUCCCUACAACAUUCGAAAUUUGAGACUAAUCUAUUAAUAAUAUACAUUCAACAGAAUUUAUUUUAUACUGUUAUUUAGUUUAAAACACUGAAACAUUUGACUCCUAUUUGUUUUUUAAAUACAUAUAUAUAUAUCCUCAAUAUUCCUUGAGGUGUACAAUACUCCACCCAAGGACUAGUCUGUCGAAACCAGAAGAAAACAAAUUACAGACUCCAUUAUCUUGAGUCCAAGCUACCGACGAUACCAUUCUCCGGUGUCCCUGAAAUUAAUUUAACAAAAAACUUAAGUGUUUGCAGCUGUUCCUACUUUUAUACGUCGAUACAUUCAGGUAGUAAUCUAGCCAAUCUUUGACCACCUAAAUCGAACAGUCUAAUCUGUCUGUCAUCGUGUGGAAUUGCCACAAUGCCAGUACUAGAAACAGCUAAGCGAUUUGCAGCGCUAUCACCUCGAAUCGUAGCUAAAGGACUUCGUAUAUUUCGUAAUUCCCAUAUUUUUACAGUCCGAUCGUCCGAACCGGAAACGAUUUUAUCUUCGCGUGUAAAGACGGCAGAUGUUACCGUCCUAAAAUAAAAAGAGCAGUCAAAAUAUGUAAGAUUUGAAAUCCAUAUAUAAAUAUAUAAAUAACAAUUUAUGACAAUAAAUACAAAAUAUUCCAAAACGCGAUAACUUCUUAGCCGAUAUACCCGAUUUUCUUUGCCUUAUAUUUUUGAAAUCUAUAAAUGAAAUCUAUAACCUUUUGUUGGAAAAGGCAAUUUUUAAAAAAGAUGUAUAAUUAGUUUUAUGAAAUGUAAACACGUUUAACUCACUCUGUGUGUGCUUGAAAGACAGAAACUGAGUGAAUAGGUUCCCUAAAGUCCCAUAAACGAAAAGUACUAUCCUUGCUUGAAGUAACACAGAGCCUUUGUGUAUGAUGAGUAGAAACAUGAGACAGUUCUUGAUCAUGACCAUAUAACGUGUGUAUAAUAUCUCCAGUUUCUACGUCAUACAGAUUUGCUGUUCUAUCCCAAGAAGCUGUUACAACCUGUUCUGCAUCAGGUAACCAGUCUGCGGCCAUCACCACAUCUGUGUGACCUAGCAAUUCUCGUACUGGAGUUCUAUAGUGUUUAAAGUCAAUAUUAAGCUUCAGUUCUAUACAAUCUUUAUUAUAAUACAUCUAUCUCCUUCCUGUUCUUUAAAUAUUAAU